AUGUCAACCUCGUCGGCCGGCGGCGGCACGGCAGUGCCCUUUGGUGGCACAGUCCCGGGAGACAUCGCGAUGCUGGAGAUGGUGAACGUGAAGAAGCUGCUGCAAUCACGAUGCGUCGAGAUAGAGGAGCUGUUCACGACACUGAAGCACGGUGAUAAGCAGGAUCGAGUCUUCCAGAGGUUGCCAUUCGCGCUCAGGCGGCGAGCCAUGUCUCAUAAUCCGUUCCGGGUCCCCAAGAGGCUCAGGCUCCACCUCGCUAGAGAGAUGGCGAAGAGCAUGCCAAAAUGCGCAAAGCGACUCAGGAAGGAUGCCCGCAGGCGCUUGAACCGACUCGAGGAGUAUCGCACUCGAUGCGAGCGUAACAACUGGUUGGAGACUCACAUGUACCACGCGAAGCGUUUCAAGAUGGAGAGGCUUUGGGGCUACCGCAUCGCGAUUCGAACCACCCAAAAGUGCCGGCGCCGGUGCUUACGCAACUCGUCAAGGCGCUGCGUCAUUCAUGACCUGUCUUACGUGCUGGUGGUGAGCGUUUCAGGUUGCAUGUCUGCUCUCCGACGUGCUUUUAAAAACAUGUUUGCGGAUUCGUCCAUCAUGUUCCAAAGUCGAUUGAUUCGUGGCGAAUACAGGUCCCAGGCCUUCGCGUAUACCAAUACGGGGGACAACUAUCGCAUGAUUUGCCCUGUCCAAUUUGUGUGGAUCACGCCUUCGGCAACGGCAGCGGUAUCGGUAUCGGUAUCGGAUCAAGGAGGCGAAUAUCGUGAAGUAUGGUUCUUCGUGCACCCAGCUUCUAUAGAUGAAUUCAUGGAAACAGCUAAAACCAGCGAUGCUGAGGUGGCGUGCCGGUUGGUCAAGGAUCUCUGCACUUUCGAAGUCUUGGGCCCCCUUUCCGCUUUGCUGCUGCGUAGAACGUUGAAGGUCGACGGGUGUCUUACAACGGGUAAUUCUCAGUGGACGCAUUUGGACCCGGGGAAUUGCGAUAUACCGCCAUCAUACAUUUUACCUCUGAGGGUGAUGCCCCCAGUGGUACACGGUAACUCCCGGCCCUCGUUCAAAUUCGAAACCAUGAGAGGCCAAAAUUUUAAAUCGCAGCAGUUUGCGGCAGCAGCAGUUUGCGCAGAUGAGCGCAGCCAUUUAACAACGUUCAAGAAGCCCGAAGAUUUCGCUAUCGUCACCAAGGUGAAUGUUCCCCGCCUGCGCCGACGAAACUACGGGCAGCUGGUGUCGAAGCUGCUUGAUACACUCAGCGUACGGUACCCAUCCGAGAGCCCUGCGUUAACGUCAGAUCCAACCGCUUCGUCGACUGCGAACGCGGACGUCACUAUGGACGCUCAUGCAGAUACUGGGCACACUAAUGUAGCAUCAUCGCAGGACCACGUGUCUGAUAUCAAGAAGCCGAGCAAAACGACCCAAGCGGCGCGCACUGACUACGACGACGCGAGCUCCGUACCAAUAUGGAUUAUCAGGAGGGGCGACUCCAUCGGGGGGUUCGAUGUUGUCAUGCCAGCGGGUACCAUAUCUCGUAAGCUGUGGAUCCUGCUUAACCGCUACGGCGCGUUGGGAAUAGGCCUUCAAGAGCGCGAGAUGUUGUACGCCCAACACGGGCAGUGUAUGUUUCCGCAGGAUUACCCCGAAACGUUGGCUGGGCACCAACUCAUGGAAGCACAGCAGGCGUAA